AUGGAGUACCCAGUGAUGGAAGCUGACUCAGUCACCUCAGGAAUUAAAAGACGUGUGCGAGACAGAAGGAUUUCAAAGACUAAGUUGAAUGUUUCUCUUGCUUCAAAAAUCAAAACAAAAAUAAUAAACAAUUCUUCUGUUUUCAAAAUCUCUCUAAAGCACAACAACAGAGCAUUAGCUCAAGCUCUUAGUAGAGAGAAAGAGAAUUCUCGAAGAAUUACAACUGAAAAGAUGCUAUUGCAAAAAGAAGUGGAGAAACUGAAUUUUGAUAAUACUUUUCUUCGCCUAAAGCUAAAUAACUUGAAUAAGAAACUUAUAGAAAUAGAAUCGCUCAUGAACAGUAACUUGAUAACCGCAAUUGAAAUGAGCAGUCUUUCUGAGUUCCAUCAAAGUUCUUUUGUUCUGCCAGCUAGCAAGAAGAAACGGAUUAGUAAACAUUCCAAGUUGAUGCAUCUUCCAUUUGCAAGGGUUCCAUUAACCUCAAAUGAUGAUGAUGAUGAUGAUGGUGAUGAUAAAGAGGAAACAGAGUGUGACAACAAUAUUUCAUCAAAGACAUCACCUGAUGUUUCCUCUUCAAUAUCAACGAGACAACCUUCAUCAGCUCAGUGUAAUUUGCAAAAGUUGUUUCUUAAAGAAGAUAAUCAGUAUGUGAAUAGUUUAGGUGAUUCAGAACACAUUGCUUCUACUGACAGUGUACUUCCCAAAGAAAGCCAUUGCCACUCAGACCAAAGUUCCAGGAGUUCUCUAGUGAGUGAAAUGAGAAAUGCCCCAUCUAUCAGCCACAGAAGGGAAAAAUCAUCUCUUAGUAAUGUGACUGAAAGGAAGAAGCAUGGAUCUACUGGGGGAUUAAAUAAUCCUAUUACAGACACUCCCUGUGUGACAGAUUUAGAUCAACAUUGGAUUUUAAAUUCAGAAGUAAGCUGGAAUAAUGAGAUAAAUGAUUGCACUAAUGAAAAGAAUAUUAAGAUGCAAGAAAAUAGACACUGCCUUUCUGACUUGCCUUCAGAGUCUGCCAGUGAACCUAAUGCAGAGUGCCUGUAUCAAGUUCAGAGUAAUGAUGACUUUCAGUUACAGGAAACUGUGCAUGACAAUGCUGACAUGGAUUUAACUGCUAGUGAAGUAAGCAAAAUUGUUGCAGUUUCAAGAGGCAAUAAAAAUAAAAGCAAUAAAAAAUCAAAUUGUGAAAUAGGAACUUUCAGAAAAGUAAAAGAUCCAAGCUCUGAACAAAAGAGAGAAAGAACAAAGAGAAAAUGUAAAAGUAGUUCAGAUGCAGAUACUGAGGAAAAGAUAGAAAACAGACCAGAAAGAAGGUCUAUUGUCCUGGAUGGCAAAAGUCAUUCAGAAGAUCCAAAUCUUAUUAUCAAUACUGACCAGCUGACUGAGAUGAACAUACCAAAGAAAAUAACCCUUCAGAAUGGCUUUGAUGAAGAUGACAGACAAAAUAUACACUACAACAAAAAGAAGAAACAAAUACAUGUAACGAAUGAGCAAGAGGAAACACAUUCUUUCUCCCAAAGUUCAGAUAAAUUCCUGCAAGAGAAUAAAUUUGAUAUGGAUCAGAAUUCCCUAACUUAUGGUAAAAGUAAAACUUCUAGACAGACAUUUGUGAUUCAUAAGUUAGUAAAAGAUAAUUUAUUUCCAAACCAAAAUGAUAAAGACACCAUUUCUGAAAACCUAGAAGUUCCACAUGAAUGUCAAACAUCUGAACUUUCCUCCAAAGAUACUAAUUUUUGUGAGACUCAGAAAAUGUUGGAUUUGAAAAAGUAUGUCACUGAUAUGCAGCCUGCUAAGCAAAAUAAAUCAAAAGUAAAUAAGCUUAGGCAAAAAGUAAAUCGGAGGACAGAAAUAAUCUCUGAAAUGAACCGACUGUAUGAAGAUAAUGAUAAAGAUAUGCAUAGCCCAGAAAAAAGUAACUUUUACCCCCAAACUCAAGAGAAUAAAGAGACCAUGUCUCAAAACCCAGAAGCUUCAAAAGAGUUUCAAAUACAUACUGUUUUCAUGAGAGACAAUGGAGAUUUUUAUGAUUAUGAGACCCAGAAUGUGUUAGAUUUGCAAAAGCAGAUCACUACUGUGAGCCCUGUUCUUCAAAAUGAGUCAAAAAUUAGUAAGAAACCUAGGCAAAAAGUAAAUCGGAAGACAGAAAUAAUUUCUGAAGCAAAUCAUUUUGAUAAUGACAAAAGCCUGCAUUGUUCAGAAAAGGGUCAUUCUUUCUUCCUACAAAAGGAUAAAGAAGUCAUUUCUGGAAACCAAAAGGACCCAAGUGAGUUUCCAACUCCUGUUCUUUGUACCAAAGAUAGUGGAGCGCUAUAUGAUUAUGAGACUCAAAAUAUUUUGGGGGUGAAAAAGAAUGCCUAUGAUGUGCAACCUGCUUAUCAAAAUGAUCCAAAAAUAGAUAAGCAGCUUAGACAAAAGGUACAUCGAAAGACAGAAAUAAUUUCUGAAAUCAGCCAAAUACAUGAGAAUGAUGACAAAGGUAUACGUGACCUAGAAAAAGAUCCCUUCGUUUAUUUAACUCAAAAGGAUAAAGAAACCAUUUCAGGAAACCUAGAAAUUGCAAAUGAAUUUCAUCCAGCUGAUUUUCUCACCCAAGAUAGUGGAAAUUUAGAUGACCAUGAAACCCAGAAUAUAUUGGAUUUGCAAAAGCAUAUCACUAAUAUGCAACUUACUCAGCAAAAUGAAUCAAAAAUAAAUAAGCUUAGACAGAAAGUAAAUCGGAGGACAGAAAUCAUUUCUGAAAUGAACCAAAUAUAUGAGGAUUUUGAUAAAGAUGUACAUGCCCAAAAAUGCUAUACAAAUGAUUGUGAUUUUAAAAUAAGUAAAUCUAAACAAAAACUUGAAUGCCAAGGCAUUAUCAGUGAAUACCAUGUGAAAAACAACAGUAACAAAAAGGAAAGUUAUGAUGAAAACCCAAAUCCUUACAAACUCAUUAAAAAAUGUUGCAAAAAGUCAUUAGGCAAAGAAAAGAACAUUUUGACAAGAGAUAAGAACAAAUCUAUUUUGCCAUUAACAAAUUCUUCAGAGGCAUCUGUCUCCGUAGAGUCUGGUUUAAAACACACUAAUGAAACAGAUUCUGAUACCAGAAACCAGAUUGAACUACCUAAGAAUCAGAAGCAAAGCACUGUAACUCUGAAUAUAAAAAGAGGUAUACCCUUUGUGGAAGUGAUAGAAGAAGGAAAAUGCCCAGUCAAAAAAGUAAAUAAAGUGACAUCCAAAUCCAAGAAAAGGAAGAUCCUUAUAGAUCCUUCUCCAGAUACCCAUGAAGUAAUAGAAAUAAUACCUGACAUUGACCACAGAAAGUUAAUUGACUCUGAACAAGUUGAUAAGGAAAACUGUUUGGAGAAUGAGAAAAUUGUCAAAAUUAAGUCUGAUUUUUACACAAAGGUGCUUAACCCUUUAUCUCAGACAUAUUCACCUAACAUACAAAAUUCUUCCUUUGACAGUAUUCAUGAGAGUCCAAUACCUUUGAGUAUUUCUUCUACUAAAAACCUAAUAGAAGAAAAUUUUGCCCUGGGUAGUUCACCCAUCCUUCAAGUAAGUGAUGAUAUACACGAGAGGAUAAAAGAGGUGAAAUUUAAAGUCAACCAGAGAACACAAAAAUCAGGAAUAGGUAACAAAAAGUUACAGGACUUGACCGAUACCUGUUUUGUUUCAAAUAAUACUGCUAAUUUUGAAAAUGAGUCAGAAAAUCUAUCUUCAAAGCUGCCAAGCAGAAAAAGAAGGUGUACUCCUGUCAGUUUCAAAGAGCCAGGUCUAAAAGGGCAAGUAUUUGAGUAA